AUGCCUAUCGAAAGAAUCGACCUUGAGGCGCAACAAGAGACGGAUGCCGUUUUAUUUCUUUCUGAAGAAUACCGUGGGACUUUUGGUCGUCGAAGGCGUCUCUCAUCUUGCACAAUUGGAGAUGAGGAUACCAGCAGCCACUCAAACACCCCAGCCCUCCUCCUCGAACAGGGUGAACUUGAACUCAAAGCAAUAAGGCUACAGAAUAGGACUAUACAAGCCGGUUCCUUUCUUGAAGUACGCUCAUUUCUUUCCGGAAAAUAUCUUGUUGAGUUUAUUCUGGUCAAAAUCCUAUUUCGAUGCCGGUCUACAAAUGCGGUCAAAAUCCGUGGCACACCGUUCCUGAGAAAUCGUUCAGCUUUAGCAAAGCUUCCAAAGAAGCCAAACGAAAAGCUGGAGGUUUGUUACGCUGGACAAGGGAGCCGUCGGAAGCAGGUUGAAGAAUCUCUUGUUCGUAUUGACCCCAGCGAAGUCUCGCGGAGAGAAUAUAGAAUUUCCAACGAGAUACUCCGCAACAGAUGGCGAGGAACUACCGCCAAAGGAGGCUCAUGGAACCCCUUUUCAGGCGGUCACCUCAUCGACCUGGAGUCUGAGCGGCCCAGCGAGGAAGAUCGAGGCCACGGUCAGCGGUACACGAUAUUUGACUCUUGUUCCGGUGCUGGCGGGGUAUCGCGAGGAGCCCUCAUGGCUGGUUUCAAAGUCCAAUAUGCAUUGGAUAAAGCGCCCGAGGUUUGGGAUACCUACCAAGCAAACUUUUCUGAAACCGAACUAUUCAAGAUGUCGCUUGACCAAUUUCUAUCCAGCCCGCAGACGAGUCAUAUGCGAGUUGAUGUUCUACACUUUUCUCCGCCCUGUCAAUUCUUUUCGCCAGCACACACACACGCAUCAGAACAUGAUGAUACAAAUAUCUUUGCCUUAUAUGGCUGCAAUCAACUACUCAAAAAGUUGCGUCCCCGUAUAAUCACCGUGGAGCAAACAUUCGGGCUUACGCAUGACCGGCACGAGGAGUACUUCAAUGGCUUCCUCGGGGACUUCACACAGCAUGGAUACUCCAUACGCUGGAGAGUCAUAAGGCUUUGCACGUGGGGAGCUGCUCAAGACCGGAGACGCCUAAUCAUUAUUGCCGCCGCACCGGGCGAGAGACUUCCAACCUUCCCCCAAGCUACACACAGUCGUGAGGGCGGCAAUGGACUGCUGUCCUACAAUAGCAUCGGAAAGGCGCUAAGGGGCAUCCGCGCAGGAGAUGAUCUUCAUGACCUUGAUAAUGUCCAUUAUUUCGAUCCACCGCGAGCGCCAUAUGACCCAGAGCGCCUGGCAGGGACCGUCACCACUGGUGGAAGUGAUUUUUACUACCCUGACGGCACACGAAAGCUCACUCUCAGAGAGUAUGCAAGCUUGCAGGGAUUUCCGAAGUCGCAUCAGUUCCUCGGUACGAAAACAUCCAUCAAACGGCAGAUUGGAAACGCGUUUCCCCCAAACACAGUCCGUGUUCUAUACAAGCACUUAGAACAAUGGCUCUUGAACGAAGACCGUAUGAAACCAUUCACCAGCAACCAGGACACCAUCCUCAUUGAGGAUGAUUCCGAGGCAACAGCCAAUUUUACAGAUGAUUCUGAGGAUAGGUCACGCCACUCUCCGGACAUGAUGGACGGAAAUAUUGUUGAGGCUUUCGAUAUCCAACAACAUCGACGCGGCAGAUACCCAUGGGCAGUCGAGGACAUGGUGAUUGACUUGACCUAG